AUGGUUUGAUGAAACAAGAAGUGGGGGAGCACACAAAGCGAGUCAACUCGAAUAGUUCAGUUGAUUCAGUAACAAGAGCAGUUUCCCAUUCAGUUUUGACACGCCAAGAGUGUGCAGGUGAUUGCAGUUAACACAACCAGUCGAGCGCAUUACAUAUGGUCCAAGAAGAUUAACCGCCCGGUCAGAAUGAGAUACUAAUUAAUACUGAAAUGACAACGGAUCAUGCCGGGAAGAAAGUCGACGUCGUCGUGGUUGGCAACGUUGACGGCGAGCACGUCGGAGUAGAGCAAGCUCGCCAUGAUCUGCACGAGGAGGCGGCGGCGGCGGCGGCGGCUGACCAUCAUGCCACCAGAGGCCUAGCCAUUGGCUUUCUCAUACGAGAGGUGAUGGUGGAGGGGUUGGCGUCGUUCUUGGUGGUGUUCUGGUCGUGCGUGGCGGCGCUGAUGCAGGAGAUGUACGGGACGCUGACGUUCCCGAUGGUGUGCCUGGUGGUGGCGAUGACGGUGGCGUUCGUUCUCAGCUGGCUCGGCCCGGCGCACUUCAACCCGGCCGUCACCAUCACCUUCGCCGCCUACCGCCGCUUCCCGGUCUGGCCCAAGCUGCCGCUCUACGUCGCCGCCCAGCUCGCCGGCUCGCUCCUCGCCUGCCUCUCCGUCAACGCCGUCAUGAGGCCGCGCCACGACCACUUCUACGGCACGGCGCCCGUCGUCGUCCACGGCACCCGCCUCCCCUUCCUCAUGGAGUUCCUCGCCUCCGCCGUCCUCAUGAUCGUCAUCGCCACCGUCGCCACCGACGGCACAGCGGGGAAGACGGUGGGAGGGAUCGCCAUCGGAGCGGCGGUGGGAGGGCUGGGGCUGGUGAUCGGGCCGGUGUCGGGAGGGUCGAUGAACCCGGCGAGGACGCUGGGGCCGGCGAUCGUGCUGGGCAGGUACGACGGCGUGUGGAUCUACGUGGUGGCGCCCGUCGCCGGGAUGCUGGUCGGCGCGCUCUGCAACCGCGCCGUCAGGCUCUCCCACCGCAUCGUCGCCUUCCUCUGCGGCACCUCUGUUGGGAUCGCCGGCUCGCCCUAGCUACCACACUAGAGCUUAGCCCUCCAUAUAUAUAUCCACAGAAUAAUUCGCCUCCAUUAUGAUAGCUGCAUGAACACGACGAGCAUCGCUGCACUGAAAUUGUUUUGGACCAACCAAUAGAGAUUUUCCAUCCCAA